CAUAAAAUAAGACAAAAUAAAAACAUGAGAUGAACAAAAGAGAAGUGUGACAAAACAUAUACACUCUAACCCUUUUGUCUGCUUUGUGAAAUCGAUCAAACCUAUGUGUUGUGUAGCACUCAAAAUUUUGGGGAAUCAAAAACUUAGCCUUCAACAAAUACAAGGCAGAUCUUUGAGAUGUACAAUUACGACUCCUAAUAACAAUGUUUCCUUCCUCUUUUUUUCCUCACUUUUCCCAACUUUUUCCGUCCACAAGGCACAAACAACUAUUUAAACAUCUCCUUCCCCAUUUCCAAAUUUCAACCUUUCUUCCAACCAAAACAAAAAAUAAAUAAAAAAACAAAAAAUAAAUAAAUUGAUGCCAUGGCCACCUUCUCUCAUCUUGCCUACUUCCCUGUAAGGCGUUCUUCCUGCAGAGAUAGCUAUGAUCCCAAUAAGCAAAACCUGAGCAAUAUCAAGAUCGAUGGAACUUCCAAGAAACCGGCAACCAAAGUUGAAAUGGCCGGUGUGGCAACGACUUCCAUUUCCAUGACUUUAGUAGUAAAUGACUACGUGACUGAGCAGCAAGCCCGACAGAACAUUCCGACAACCAAGCAGUCCGUUGAUCAUUUCCGACAAGGGUUCAGCAUCGAAGGUGGCGUGGGGUACAGGCAGGGGGUUGUCAUCAGGUCCUAUGAGGUCGGGCCGGAUAAAACUGCAACACUUGAGAGCGUCCUCAAUCUGCUGCAGGAAACUGCAUUGAAUCAUGUGUGGAUGUCUGGACUCCUGAGUGAUGGAUUUGGAGCAACACAUGAAAUGAUGAGGAAUGAUCUUAUUUGGGUUGUGUCCAGAAUGCAAGUUCAAGUUGACCAGUAUCCAAUCUGGGGAGAGGUACUGGAAAUCGACACUUGGGUUCAAGCAUCAGGGAAGAAUGGUAUGAAGCGAGACUGGUUGAUCCGAAGCCAAGCCACGGGCCAUGUUUUCGCUCGUGCGACCAGCACCUGGGUGAUGAUGAACCGGAAAACUAGGCGCCUUUCGAAAAUGCCAGAGGGAGUGAGGGGUGAGAUUGCACCUUGGUUCAUAGAGAAGCAGGCAAUCACAGACGAUGUCCCUGAGAAAAUCGUCAAGUUGGACAACAAUGCUAAGUAUGUCAACAGCGAUCUGAAGCCCAAGAGAAGUGAUUUGGACAUGAACCACCAUGUCAACAAUGUCAAGUAUGUAAGAUGGAUGCUUGAGACGAUUCCUGACGAUAUUUUGGAGUCUCACCAACUGACUGGAAUCACACUAGAAUACAGAAAGGAAUGUGGGAGUUCAGAUAUAGUUCAAUCGCUUUGCGAUCCAGAAGAUGGAAAGUUCAUAGAGAGACUCAAACAAGAGAAUCAAGACACGGGUUUACCGGAUGGAUUUUCUCUGGCAGCUGGAAUUCUUGAGAACGGCGGGUUUUUGGGCUCCUUUGAGAAGCAACAAUUGAGAUAUACACAUCUCCUCCAAACAAAUGGGAACCUUAAAGAUGAAGAGAUUGUUCGAGGACGGACUGUUUGGAAGAAAAAACCAGAGCCCCAUUUGCUUCUAUGUAGAAAAAUUGUAUGAGAAAAAGGGGUUUAGAAGCUUGUCCUCUAAGAAAUGGGAUGGCCUGAAUAAUGAAGGGCAUGUUGUGGAUAAGGGUAACAGAAAACAAGCAGGAUCAUGGAUUCUAAGGAGAGUGAAGAAGAAAAAAAAAAAGCCAAGGAUCUUUCAUUGUUUCGGAUGUUGCUAGCUUCAUCGAAGCUGAAUAACAAUCCUAAUAAACGAGCCAGAUAUGUAAAUGACGAGUUAACGGAAAAAGGUAACAGAAAACAAGCAGCAUCAUAGAUUCUUCGGAGAGUGAA